UUAAGAGUAAAUAAGGUGUGGGUCUAGAUAUUUACAUUAAAUAAAAACAUUUUUUUAAAUAUAUUUUUGCAACUAUUGUCAACAUAAAAACUCGGAAACCUAAAAGGUGUGUUUACAAAGCUGAGGGCCUUGAGCAUGGGAAAGUUUUUUUUUUUUUUAGCUGUACCAUUUAGUACAGAGGAAAGCUACGUGAGAGUUAAAUGCUAAUGUGGCCUGGCGUUGCUUGCUGAAGUUGUCAACAUUGUCUCAACUAAAAGUACAACUUUCGUUGCAUGCUUACUAAUUAAUCGUUUACUAUUAUCUACUGACUGUGGGUUCGUUGCUCCUGAGACUCACCAGGGACCGCUACGACAUGCAAGGGGGUUGCAGCUGAAUGUAGCUAUUAUUAAUUAUGAUGGAAGCAGAAGACGGGGAUCCCGUUCUUAGUGUUAUAAAGUGGGAAGACUUUCUGCAGGACUUCAGGAAGGAUGAAGAUGACAUUCAUGGUUAUGUGACGGAGGAGACAAGUGUUGACACUGUGCUCGAGCUGUACAGACGAGCUACCAAAACAACCUUCUUCACUCGCAGGUCGUCUUCGUUCAGCUUUGACCCAGUCAAGCUCAAGAACAGGAAGUUCUACACCCGCUCCUUUGUCUUCUGCCGGUCUACAAGUCCACGUAUCAGCAAUGAUGGGGUGCCAUUUAUGUAUGGUGGGAUGAAGACUCUGGAAUGCCAGUAUGGGCCCAAAAGGGAGCAUGGAAAAAAGGCAGAUGUCAAAGCUGUACUGUCCACAGAUUCCAGUGAAACAAUGGACGGCACCCAUGAGUACACAAUAUCCUUGAAAAAGAAAAGGCCUAAGCAUAGACUUUCUACAGGAGAAACAAGAAAGAAAGGCUGUCGAGCAAAGAUCUCCAUUUGGCACAUACUCAGGCUACCAGAGUAUGCUGUAACUGCAAAGAAGUGUGUGACGAUUUGGCAAACCAGAGCUAAAGAAAGACUGCUGCAGGACUUGGAAGUGGGCAAGGACGUGACAACAGAAAACCGAUACUACAUCAGCUUGCCGCUGAUGAGGACACACACCAAUCACAGCCCAUGUGGUCAGUCGGACGAAGCACAUUCUGUUCAUCCACAGGUCAUCCGGUGGAUAGAUCAGCUCGUCGCAGAGGGCAUCACAACCAUCAGAGAUGUUCAGACAGCCCUCAAACACUACGUUCAAACAACAAUGUGUGAUGUUGUUGCUCCUGAUGAGCAGGACAGGGCAUAUUAUCCAACACUUAAAGACAUAGCUAAUCACAUCUACAAAUCAAAAGUAAAACAGCGUAUAGUAAAGUUGGAGCUAGAACCGUUGGGCAUUGAAGAAGUAGUACACUCUGAAGGUGGGGAGUAUGUCACAACAGGAAAUGACACAAAUCCAUCCCCACUUGAAUAUCUGCACCUAAAUGAGCCUGAGAGCCAGUUUGAAGUAACGGUGCCAAACGAAGAGUUGACGAGUUGUCCAGACGAAGCUGUUUGCAGAGAAAGAAAAGAGCUCCACAAGGAACUAACGUCCAUAAGGAGGCUGUCCAACAAGUGCACAGAUGCAGCUGUGCUUGCUGAGCUAAAGGCCGGGAUCGCGGCCCUCUAUGAUAAGUUUAAAGACUCGUUAAAGGAACUGUCUUUGCCACCACUAGCAUCUGCAGACAUGCGAACACCAAAGCGUCAAAACCAGGACACACACAGUCUGUCACAGCCGACAAAGAGUGUACGAAGGGACAAUGGAGACCAUGUGUACUAAAGCAAGACAGACAUUGGGAAGCAAACUGAUAUAAUCAAUCAUUAAAGCAACUGUAUUUUA